AUACAGGCCACGUUUCAGGGUAAAUAUAUACAAAAAUUUAACAAAAUUGUUAAGUAGUAAGCAUCAGAGAAAUUUAAUGAAUCAAGAUAGCACAUAAAGUUACAUUUUACAUCUGUGUGUGAAUGACAACUCUGUACUCUGUCAGACUGAGCUCUGUGUUGGAAUUUCUGUUGACCUUCUAGUUACCAUGAAGUUAAAUGUUACUCUGCAGGGUUUGAAAAAUACUGCUUUGUGUGUGUUUAAUAACAUACACAACUCUAUGUAUGUCCAGUGAAAGUGUGCACGGCUGUUAUAUUUUCUAUGAAGUAUUUUGAUCUAGUGUUUAGAUCCACAGGUACAGCCUGAAAACUCCAAACGACUGAUGCAUAGGUCUGGCAGGCAGCAGCCCUGUAACCUCUGCUGCAUCCCCCUGCUGACAGUGGGGACAGUGGCAGUAAAAGGGCUUUCAUUCGAGGUCCCACAUGCUGCUCACUCGUCCAGAACUCUUAGCAGGAUGGUUUCCCUCGGGAAGCACCGCAGGGACAGAAUCUGACUUGUGAUGAAUGCUCACUCAGUUACUGGCCUCCUGCUACUUUUGAGACAGUUUUGUCAUGAAUAGUGUGUAUAUGUGCCAGUUGACUAUGUAAACGUGAUGUAACUCCCACUUUAUAGAAAGAAACACUGUCAAUUUAUUAAGCUUUAAGGUUUGAGUCUGUAAAUUUCUACUUGACAGGUCUAUAGCUUUUGGUACAGUUGGUAAUUUACCAUUACACAUUUCUAAACUCAUUGUAAGCGGAAAGCAUUUCCAGGGGGUAUUAUUACUUUGCAGUAGGACAAGUUUGCACUUAGCUCAUCAUCAAGUUGGUUUACAAAGUGAAACUGGUGGUUUUCCACAUGCAUUGUGUGUAGUUAAUGGCAACCUGUGUUUAAAAAAACCCAAACAACACAAUCAAACCAAACAACCAAAAACAAGAAAAAGGAAAACUUUGUAGCCUUCUAAUAAUUUUAAGGUGACAAUGGUAAUAAUUUUGUCGACGUGACAUGAUAUAAUUUGACAUUUUCCAGAAGACAAGGCUUUUCUUUUCAGAGUGAGAUUCCUCCCCUCCCAGCCGUCCAGUAGCUGUGGGACUCACCCGGCACCUAGCCCUUCCACCGCCGCGCUCGGCAAAGGUAACAUGAAUUUGCCCUUUGUGAGGCGGCGGCCUGCAGUUACACGCCCGGGCGCGCCGCCGGCAGCGGCCUCGGCGGCGGGGGCACCCCCCCCCGGCUCUGCCCGUGGCCACCGUUUCCUCCGAUCUCCGCCCGCAGCGGCGGGGCGGGUGUCCAGGGGCACCGGUCCCAGAGUCCCACUCGCCGGCAGCCUCCUGGGCCAGCAGGCAGAUGCGGGAGGGGGAGAAGAACAGCGAAGGAAGGAGGACACGAGCGCGGACCGGGGGUUCACGGCAGCUCCCCUGGCCGCCUUGCCGCGAGUUACCGUCCCUGGUGUCCCACCCGCGCCGCAUCCAGGAGAAAACCGCCGCCAGGAUUAACACGUCGCGGCCCCAGCCGUGGGCGGCGAGGGGCAAAGGCUGACUGAACCAUUAAUGUGCAAAUGGGCUCUGCUGGGAAGGCUUGUCCUUACACCAUGACUGCUGAUGAGUCAGAAGCUGGAGAGUUAGCUCUGGAGCCCCUGCUCACUUGCAAGCUAUGUCUCUGUGACUAUUCCAUGGAUCAGAUGACCACUCUUCAGGAAUGCAGCUGCAUCUUUUGUACAUCGUGCCUAAAACAGUAUGUGCAGCUGGCAAUUCAAGAAGGUUGUGGUUCUCCUAUCACGUGUCCAGACAUGGCAUGCUUGAACCAUGGGAACCUACAAGAAGCAGAGAUUGCCUGUUUGGUGCCUAUUGAGCAGUUUGAGCUAUACAAGAGGCUGAAAUUUGAACGAGAAGUCCACUUGGACCCCCGGAGGACGUGGUGCCCUGCAGCCGACUGCCAAACGGUGUGCCAUGUUCCACCCAGCAAGUCGGGAGCACCAGUGCCGGUGGAGUGCCCAGUUUGCCAUGUGACGUUCUGCUCCUCUUGCAAGGAGGCCUGGCACCCCCAGCGCCCAUGCCAGGACAUCCUGACUUCUCCUGUACCAACUGAGCAGGGAUCACUUAUUGGAAGGGAGACAGAGGCGCCAGUUAAGCAAUGUCCAGUUUGCCGGAUUUAUAUUGAGCGAAAUGAGGGCUGUGCUCAGAUGAUGUGCAAGAACUGCAAGCACACAUUUUGCUGGUACUGUCUACAGAACUUGGAUAAAGAUAUCUUCUUAAGACAUUACGACAGAGGCCCUUGCAGAAACAAGCUGGGCCACUCGCGGGCUUCGGUGAUGUGGAACAGAACGCAGGUUGUGGGGAUCCUCGUUGGACUAGGUAUCAUAGCAUUGGUGACCUCUCCCUUGCUGCUCGUGGCAUCUCCAUGUAUCAUCUGCUGCGUUUGCAAAUCUUGCCGAAGCAAAAAGAAGAAACACAGCCCACCAACGACCUAAAACUCUAUGUCUGUUUGAGCCUCUGCCUACACAGCAUACGUGUGUGAGAAAGCACAAUGGUUGUAUUUUGGUGCCGUAUCUACUAAACAAUACUCUCUUUUUUGCCAAUUCUUGGGAUAAGUGCCUAUUCUUUACAGGCUACUCUAUCAAAUCCCAGUGUGAAAAAAACCUAGAUACUUGUGCAGUACAUAUGGCAUAGGUUUUUUGCUUUCUAAAAGGAAAACAGGACACCAUUCAGUAGUUCUUACCCCUACAUAUGAGCCACAUUUUGAGACUGGUAGAACUUUACCAUCUUCCAUCAGCUUCAUGUGACUUGAUCCUGCAGUAUUACUUUGCCUUUGCAGACCAAGUCAUUACCGUCAUGCUUUCUUGUUGGUUCCUAGUAACAUUCAGAUUUCUCAGAAAGUUUUUGAUAUUUUGUAAAAGAGGGAGAAGAAAAAGUUUGAUUAAGUUCUUGGCCUGCUAGCUUGUGUCCCGCUCAAGGUAACAAACUGUUAAGAAAAUACGUUUGACAGUUUCCUGCCAAUUGGCUGCCAUGGGGUUUCUUUCACUGUUGAAAUCAAUUUUAUUUAUACUGUUGAUCUCAAUUACAGAAGUAAAAAACCAAAACUAUUUCUAACUAAAACAGGACUCUUUUUUGAGAGGCUGGACUACUUUGAGAAAGCUGGUAUUAUUUCAGAUCAAAUGUGACAUAUCUACCUUGAACUGUUAGGAGUAUGCAUUUUUCCUUCCCACUGGGCAUGCCUUUUCUCAGUAACAUGGGUGUAGCAAACUCAUUCUGAAGCUAAUAUUUUAAGAAAGGCCAUGAUACGGUUCCUAUUCUGUGCACAGCAUUGGGAUCUUGGUUGUGUGUUUAUAUAGUGGCCAUAUUGGUGUGGAUAUACCGAGUACCUUUGCAUAAUUUAUCUUCUAGGCAAUCAGUAUAUUUUUUUUUAGCAGUUUACAUGAAGUAGGAGCAAAAACGCUGUUACGAGGUUACUCAGACCAGGCUAAGCCAAACCCUCCUUUAAAACCUUGUGGACCCGCUGAAGUGAAUACCUGAGAAAUGCUGUGCAAAUGUAAGCUACAUCCAUUGGUGGGUAUUUCUUCUGUCCUGCUCAAGGUUAAACUCAGUUACCGGUAAUUUUUAGUUACUCUAAAUCUGAAAGGCUGUCAUUUAACGAACCUUCAUUUUAAUUUGAUGCCUCACCACCAAACUGUUUCAGACCCUGGUACCAGUUACACCUGUAGACGUUCACUGCAACCUCACUGAAGAGCUGGAGUUAUUCCAGGCUGACUGAGGAGUAGCUGAGAUCAGACUCUGCUCCCCAGAGUUUAUUUCAUUAAUUCCUUAAUGGCUGGUGCUCCUCACAACCCUGCCUGGAUGCGGCUUUUGUUCUGGACUCCCGUUUGUGCAUUUUAUAUCUGUGGGAAUUGAUACGAGUUUGCACUAUGUAAUUCCUUGUAAUGCCAACCCCUCUUGGUAAGGGUUGCAGGGUUUAAAUGAGAUGCUCAGCCUGAGCCUUGUGUCGGGCUCACCCUCCUCCCUGCACACAGCAUGAAGCACCUGAAAAGAGCUUCAAGAAGCAUCUUUGUGUUUGGUCGAGCCUCAGGAACUUUGCCUUAUUGGCAGCUGCAAAUGUGACCUUUUUUUUUUUUGUUUAACUUCACUCUGGUUACUGUAACAGAAGUGGUAAAUGUUCUUAUUUUAAGAAAGUGUAGUCUGUUGAGCAGACUAGCAGGGACAAAGGCCUUAAAUUAUAUUGUCUGGAUUACUUUUUAAUCGAUUGCUUUUAUAAAAACUGUCUGACUUUGCUACCAGUUGUGACUGGAGGGCAGGCAGUGCUUGCCAAUGUGAAAAGCUAUAUUUAUUCUCCAUCCACAGCUUUGAAGGGAAGCAGAAGGGUAGUCAGUACAUUCUAAAUAGAGAGUACAAUGCAGGCAACUGCCUUUAUAAUAAAUAGAGAAUGUUUUCCGUAUGUGUUUUCUUUAAGAGCAGUAAUGGUAAUGCUUGGGGGGGGGUACUCGUGACAGAUUAAAGUGUCCAGCCCUUGGCUUUGCACUAUUUUUCUACCUACGUCUUUAUGGCACUACUGUCAUUUCCACUUUAUUUAUGAACUUGCAGUUGAAAGUCUUAUUUAACAAAGCCUCAAGGACAAAGAUAUAGAAGCUGUAUAGUCUCUUUAACCAUAACCAGCAUAGCAAUGUACCAAUGUCCUCUGUAUGUUGAAGUUUGUGGGCUUUUCGUGUUUUAUGGUCUUACCUACAUCCAAUGCACCUUCUGGUAGCCCAGUUUAUUUCCUUUCCUCUUCCUUUAUCUCAUCUUGUUUUUGCUAAAAUGCCUAAUGGAAUGGAAGUGUCUCAUGUUUUUUUUUCAUUAAUACUGCUGUGUUAAUGAAACUGCCAAGUCCUUCCCUCUGUUAAAGAAAUGCAGCUGAUUGCAGUUGUCUUGCCCAGAAUACACUAAUGGACACACGGUCACCAUUUGUAUUGUAGUACAAAUUUGUGCUUUUUUGGUUCUUUAAAUGUUGUCUAAAGUUAAUGCAGAUAUCUCCAUAGAGCAGGAAUUUGUUUAAAUUAUUUGAAGGAUAGUGUUUUAUAAAAGCAUUGCACACGUGCAUAGCUGUAAAGUCCGUGAAAACCACCGUAGUCAGUUUAUUCUUGACUACUCAGUUUGAGUGCAAGGUAACUCCUUUCAGAGGCUUCUUCCUACAGCACAGGAGGAAGAUAGGUGACACUUCCCAUGUGCACCUCUUAUUGCAGGUGCCAGUUUAGGUCCCUGGUGUGGGGCUAACAAAAGUGGUAGAAAUACAGUAUGCAUGUGUUAGCACAACUCAACAGGCAGAAUGCCAGUCCAGGCAUCUAAGGAGCCUGCUUGCAGGUUGGUAGCAGUGGCCCAGGCUUUAGCUGGGGAUCUUUACACAAAAUCACAGUAAGGAGAGGAUGAGCUACAGGCACACCUUCCUUUGGCCCUGUAAAUGCAACAAAUUGACCAAGAAAGGAGUUCUGGAAAUAUGUUAGCACUUAAAGUAGAAGUCUUACGAAGAUUAUUUUCUUUAAAAGGCUGUGGCCAGUACACCCUGUAUCCUGGCUUUUCAUUGCUUGAGGAUACUUGAGCAUGUGCAUUAAGCAGACCCUGCCAUGGCCAGCAGUUGAGGACAUGCUAAUUCUGCCGAGUAGAGCUGUACCUGUGCUGAAGUGCUGGGAGUGGCAGGGCCCUGUUGCCUUGUUCUUCAGAAGGCAUCUAUUUUGCACCAACAGGUCAUGCUCACAGAGUUUCUGUUUGAGCGGGAACCUUUUUAGAGUAAUGGGUUUUGGUGUUGUUUGGGAUGCUCGUUUUGUUAUGUUUUUUACUUGAUAGAAAGAAAUAGAAAUAGAUAAAUUAAAGUCACUUUAUAAGGGAUUUAUUGCAAGAAUGACAAAUAUUACUGACAGAAAUCAGGGAGAAAGAAAUAAAAACAGGGCUCCAACUACUUGUGACUCUUCUAAGUCACUGUAGCUGUAAAUCCACGCUCUUGGAUUCCAUCUGUGUGGUGUGGUGCAUGUUAGUACCGGGCUUCUCUGCUCUUGCCAUCCCUCUCCUUUCCCCGUGGCAGAUGGCUGCUGUGUGGAUGCCACCCAGGAGAGAGCUCAGGGCAGGGUACUGCGCCAGAGCUGGGGUCUAUCCUGGCUCCAUCACCAAUUUACCCUGGGGUCCUUAGCCACUGAGAGAUACCUUGGGGUUUUUAGGCUGGUUAUGUUACACUGAUAGUGUCCACAGGCUCCCCAGUUGGAGAAUGAAAGUUGUUACUACUCUAUUCCCUCUGAACCAGGGGCAUUCAGCCCUUCUGAAGAGUAGACUCUAGAUAUUUAAAGAUUAGAUCCUAAAAUGAGAGACCCAUGCUAGAAACUGGGAUUUCUACUGCAACUGACCACAUAUCUCUGCGGCCACAUAUCUCACUGUAAGUUCAUGGCAGUCACCAGAGCUGUGUCAAACACAGCUGAGGAUCCCAUGAGCAUCUCAUUCAUGUCCUUGUGUUAAAAUGAGGAUGGUGAUACCUGCUCCCAAAACUGCCUGUUAAUAAAAAGAAAAUUACUUCUCUGCAGUAUUUAUUCUAGAACUAUAUGAGAUGAUCAAUGCUGCCAUUUAGUAAUUGAUGAUUUAUUAAUUGUGCAUGAGGUUACUUACCCCAAAGAAUGGCAUGAGGAGUAGCAGUAAUUUUUGUUUCUACAGUGCUUUAAUUAUGCUAAAUGCUAUGUACUGUUGUCUGUCCAGUAACAUAGCAUGAAGUCCAAGGAUAAGUUUAAAAUGUGCAUAAUUUUUACUUGAAUCAAGAGAAACUGGAUAUAACCUUCAUAUUCACUUGAAGAUAUACAAGUAGACAGAAAUCAACUGCAUUUCCACAAUGGGACAAUGAAAUCAAGUUUUGGCUGCUCUGUUCUCUGGCAGCACAGAGGGUGGUUGUGCUGUCAUGCCUGUCACUUUAAAAAUUUGAAAUCUGUUUUGCACUGUGAUCUCCUUCCCCCGGUCACUCUCAUCUUUCUCAAACUCCUUCCUUUUAUGAUUGUAUUUUUCAUCCUCUAUCUCAGGUCAAAGAUUCUUAGAGAAAAAUUAGUGAAUUUCUUUGUAUGAGGAUAAAAAUCUACCAACGGUUUUCUCCCAAGUUUUAAUAAGAAAUUUGAUGCUGAGAUAAAUGACUGAAGAUAGAGAUUCCAGACUUGGCUUGUUUAGAAAAACUUGUUCGGACCUAAGAAGUUGCCAUGAAAGACCUAAAUGAAGACUGCUUCAUUAGAGCUCUUAAAUAAAGGAGCCCUACAGCUUUUUGAGCUUCACAGGAGCUGGAAAUGUGCUUGGGAAAAAAAAAUCUACAUUCUAUAUACAUUUUUUUUAAUUAUAUAAAUCAAAAAAGCUUCUCUUGUAUGGCUUCAUAUUUUACGGAUUCCUACCUCCUGGAGGCUUUCUAGGGUAUACUUAUACAGUAAGAUAAUUUUAAAAAUACAUUAAAAUAGUUGAACAGAGUGUGCUAGUUUUAAAACAGUUGUAAGACUUCUCUCACACAUGAGAGCAUAGGAUCAGACCCUAAUUUAUGUGGCUGGCAAUAAAGAUAUGAAAAUUUACCUCUCCUGGAAUAGCAAGAGUUGAUUCCUCUGCAAUGUGCUGGAAGGUGAACUUACUGCUAAGGUUCUGGAAAACUGCAAUCUAAUUUUUAUUUGUCCUCUAGUUAGUAAAGUAAUGAAGUGAGAGCUGAAUGGUUUUGCUGACCAGGAAACCCAGAGGUCAGUUUUGUGUCACUACAGUUAAGUUACUCAGAACCAAUGUGUUUUUAUAAUUUUUACAAUUCAUCUAUAAUUUAUAAUGAUUAAUUAUAAAAUAUUAAUUUUGAAGAAUCAUUGCAUUUUAUAAUGUGAUAGAUUUCAGUUCCAUUCAUACUGGAAACCUUUUCCCUUCUGCUUCCUGUGGAACAGGUCGUGGUGUUCCUGGCAAGGUAAAUUCCUAUUAUUUGGUGUAGUCCACAAUAAAUGUUUACUGCACUUUUUAGUUACAUCAAAGGUUUUGUUAUGAUCCCUCAAGUUAGUUCCUUGAAUCAAGCAAAUUUUCUAGCAAUGAAUUUUAUUGACCGUCACAAAUUUGGGCUAUACAAGAUGAUACUAGUUGACAAGAUUUUUAGAGGACACGACCUCAUUCUUUCCCCUUCUGCCCAAGAGGCUUUCUCUUUUCUUGGCUGAAAAUGGGGGACUUCAGUCAUUUGUUUGUGCCUUCUGGAUGUCCAAACAGAAGCAGCAGCUUCUUACACUACAUGUGUAGCGUGGAGCUGGUGCUGUACUGCAGCCAUGAUGCCCCCAGGCCAUCUCACCGUGCACCAGCCAGAGUUCUGUCAAGGGCCCUAUCUCAAGCUGGCCCUCUCUCCAGCUACCCGCACCCUCCAAGAGUCCCCAAAUUCCACAGUGAAUCUCUGUUCCUUUACUUUUCCAGUCUCUGCUGCUGGACUGUUUCAGUUUCAAAGAAACCUCAGUUCAGAUCGGUUACUUGGAACUUGGUGUGUCUAGGCAUUCACUUUGCCUAAUGAACAAGUCUUGUGAAUGAAGAAAAGGAGAACUGCUAGCUACCACGCUGACGGUGGUGUCAAGGGGCACCGAGGGUCACCUUCUGAGAACUCUCUAACUGCCCCAGAACUGCAUAUUUUUUAAAAAAACUAGUGUAUGUUUUAAAUACCAGUCUGAUUGGAAGAGUCUGAGUCUGACAGCGGGUUGCAUUUCUGAACAGCAGUUGGGAACUCUUGUCCUGCCCUCCCUGAGUUGGGUUCUCGCCUCUGCCCCUUGCAGACAGAGGCACUGGGUUUAGCCCGGGGAGACCUUAUUGCAGCCUUUCAGUACUUAGAAUGGACCUAUAAGAAAGAUGGGGACAGACUUUUUAGCAGGUCUGGUUGUGAUAUGGCAAGGGGUAAUGGUUUUAAACUAAAGGAGAGGAGAUUCAGGCUAGACAUGAGGAAGAAAUGUUUUACAAUGAGGGUGGUAGAACACUAGCCCAGGUUGCCCAGAGAGGUGGUAGAUGCCCCAUCCCUGGAAACAUUCACGGCCAGGCUGGAUGGGGCUCUGAGCAACCUGAUCUAGCUGAAGAUGUCCCUGCUCAUGGCAGGGGGUUGGACUAGAUGACCUUCGAAGUUCCCUUCCUACCCAAACUAUGCUAUGAUUCUCUGAUUGGCAGCAUUCUCACCUCUUCUCAAUGUAAGGUCUCCUGGCUAGACCAAUGCUACUGUCGAAUGCAUUUGUUUGAAAUAAAGCCUUGGCUUGAGGGGAGUAGGAGAGGGGGCACCGCCUUGCUGUGCAGGGUAAAUGAUAUAGCAAGGGGUUGCUUUGUCUCGGACAGAAGAAUCACAUUCCUCUCCACAGGGUCAGCUCUUCUUCGGGGCAGUUUGCCUCUUGCACUGUGGCACAUGGGUAAAUUCUGCCCCAGCAUCUAGGUGUUGUUUCCCUGGUACCUGUUUAGGCUUACAGUUUGUUUAUCUGGGUUUUGUUUUUAUUUUCCUCCAGGUAAUAACAUUUUCUUCACCAUUUUUCUCCUGGUGAAGGGCAAAAGGGUUUGAUCUUUGUAAGAUUUGUUAAAAUAUUUUUGUGUUUAUAAGAGGAAAGCUGACACAUAUAAAGAAAUAAAUGCUUUUGUAAAUUUUUUGUUGUAUGAUUCAGCAUUUAAACGUUUUACAGAUGCAAUUUUUGCACUCUCUCUGCAUAUAUGCAUAAAAUAUAUUUAUUUUCCGUCUUCAAGGUUUACUUUGGGGUUUUUUUUUCUUCUAAUGUAAAAUGCAGUAUGUGCAACAUUAAAAAAAUAGUGUAAAGACGU